CUAGACCUGGCAACCCUGACUCCAUUAGUAGUCUGCCUGACCGGCAUUGGAUGCUGGUGAUUUUUCUGUGAACAUCUACAUUAAAACAUCAAAACGUCUUACGCGAUGAGAGGCGAUAGGGGCAGGGGCCGGGGUGGCCGGUUCGGGUCACGCGGUGGACUGGUGCAAGGGUAUCGGCCAUUUGUCCCCCACAUUCCCUUUGACUUCUAUGUGUGUGAGAUGGCCUUCCCCAGAGUGAAGGCAGCAGCGGAUGAGACUGCCUUCAGCGAGUGUCUGCUGAAGAGGAACCAGGACCUCAGCCCCACACCCGCAGAGCAGUCCUCUAUCUUGUCCCUGGUCACCAAGAUCAACAACGUCAUCGACAACCUCAUCGUCGCCCCCGGCAACUUUGAAGUGCAAAUUGAAGAGGUACGUCAGGUGGGCUCAUACAAGAAAGGCACCAUGACAACGGGACACAAUGUCGCUGACCUGGUGGUCAUCCUCAAGAUCUUGCCCACGCUGGAGGCUGUUGCGGCUCUCGGCAACAAAGUGGUGGAGACCCUUCGCACACAAGACCCUGCUGAAGUUCUCUCCAUGCUGACGAAUGAGACAGGUUUUGAGAUCAGCUCUGCCGAUGCAACAGUGAAAAUCCUCAUCACCACUGUUCCCCCCAACCUGCGCAAGCUGGACCCCGAACUGCACUUGGACAUCAAGGUGCUGCAGAGUGCUCUGGCCGCCAUCCGCCAUGCCCGCUGGUUUGAGGAGAACGCCUCCCAAUCUACGGUGAAAGUGCUGAUUCGCCUGCUGAAGGAUCUGAGGGUGCGUUUCCCCGGGUUCGAACCUCUCACCCCCUGGAUCCUGGAUCUACUGGGUCAUUCUGCGGUCAUGAACAACCCCUCCAGACAGCCCCUGUCACUCAAUGUGGCUUACAGACGCUGCCUACAGAUGUUGGCCGCCGGACUUUUCCUGCCAGGCUCAGUGGGCAUCACUGACCCCUGUGAGAGUGGAAACUUCCGGGUGCACACUGUUAUGACCCUCGAGCAGCAGGACAUGGUUUGUUUCACUGCUCAGACGUUGGUCAGGGUCCUCUCUCAUGGAGGGUACAGGAAGAUCCUGGGCCUGGAGGGUGAUGCCAGCUACCUGGCUUCGGAAAUGUCCACAUGGGACGGCGUGAUCGUCACACCCUCUGAGAAGGCCUACGAGAAGCCGCCAGAGAGGAAGGAAGAGGAGGAUGAGGCGCUGGAGGAAGGAGGAGAUGUCGAGGAUGAAAGCAUGGAGACACAGGAGUGAGGAAGAACCCGGAAAGUGAUGCGCCAUCAGUGAGCUGCCAGAGGAUCCUGUGCCACAUCUUUUUAAAUGAACGUUUACCCCUGACCCUUUGAGACCCUUCACUCGCCCCUUUGUCCUUCAAUGAAGUUCAUGUCCACUAAUGAAUUGACUGCAACGACCUGGACCAAAGUUCUCCCACUGGACGGAGAGACUCGCAUAGACUGUUACUGGUCCCUCAACGCCAUCAACAAAAAUGAAAUUCACAGCCUUUCCAGAAAGGGAUGGGUGUUGCUAUCUAUUUGUAUUCCGUGUCUUUGUCUGGUUUUUACUUUGUAGCAGCAAUGAUGACUAAAUUAAACAGCUUUUUUUUUAUAUAAAAUGUAAUGCCUCUUUACGUAAAUACAGUAAUUCAUACUUUUUCAAUUAUUUUUUUUCAAAUGUGUGCCUGGCUGGAUAGAAAAUGUAGGCCCCAUGCUUGUGAAAAGACAUACUUCAUUUUCAGAGGUUAGAUCUGGUCGUGUAAUUACCUCCACAGAUCAUUUCCAGUCUAGGUACCCUAAAUUUGACAAACCUUUUUUAGUAUUUAAUUUAUUGGAUCACAGUUAAACUUAAAUGCUGUUUUGCAGUACAAAUUUGAGAGGUUACUGGUAAGAGGAGCAUUUAAUUCAAAACAUAAUUGCCAACAAAACAAUCUGAUCAUAAGAUGCCAUGUAACUUGUGAAAAACUUUUUAUAUCAAAACUCAUAAACACGUCACUGAAUAAGGAUCAUGAUUUAAUUGAUGCAAGUGUUAGACGACUUGGUAUCAGUUAUAGGUAGGCUUAUUGUUUUUGGUUACCUUGCUAAUAACCAAACGUCUCCAAAUAAUGCUCUUAAGUUGGCAUUGGAAAAUACCUGGAUCUUUUGAUUGGACUCAACAUAUCCUAUUAAAAUGCUUGAGUGGCUCUCUGUCACUAAAACCUCCCUCAACGUUCCAUAAUGGGGUGAAAAUAGCAGCCAUCUUGGUCAGGGAGAAAUCCAAAACCAGUCUUAAUUGGAAUUGAAAAGCAGUAGAGGCAUAGGUAGUGUGUUUCCUGCUUUUACUUAUGCAGGAAAUCAAAGCAAUGCAUGUGAUGUAUUUGAAAGUGUGUAAUGGAAUAGUCAACUCAAAAUGUCAUUUAUAAAUACAGUUUUAUAUGGGUUUUAUACACAUUUUCUGUAUAAAUAGUCUUUUAAAUAUAUGUAAACAGACCAUACAUGUCUGAUUUGUGUUUUCUUGGAAAGCUGUGAGUGCUAUUAUAUGAUACUAUAUCAGUACUUGUUGCAUUUACAGCUUGUCUAAGUCCUGUCAUCAACUGAUUUCAGCCGAUGUAUGGCUGUGGGUUGACUGCAUUGUUUGAAUGGAAUGUUGGCAUAUUGGCAGUUAAUUUGACACAUUUAAGGAAUCAUUUGAAUAAUUCCUCUUAAAACUGUCUGGCUAGCAAGCUAACUCGCAUGCAGUGCAGAUAAGAUUUGUGUAAAACAAUGAAUGUGAAGAAUUUAUCACAGGACUGGUAAACCAUAGUUGACAAACUCCCUGACAAGGUUAAUGUCCAUUCUAUUAUUCUAAUUCUGUGUCAUCUUUUCUCUUCUUAAAAAAAAAAAAGUUGUAGCCAUCACAAUAGAAAUAGGACUUACAGUAAUACAAUAGGGCCUAAUGAGGUAACUCUGAAGACUGCAUAACAUUAGAACAAUUGAUGACCAGCCACAAGUAGCAUUGCAUGCCUGUAGAUGGCAUCAGCGUAUUGCAGCCAAGCUCAAGUGACUGUUGCUGAAAUCCCACUUAUGGUCUAUCUAUCAACCCUACGAUUCUAAAGGUAGCUCAUUACACUCUGUACCAUGAUCUUAUCAUUUACCAAAUCUAAUGCUAUUCUCAAGAAUUUAAUCCGAAACAGGAUAUUCAUGAUAUUGGAUUGUAUUCUUACAUAUAAAGGCUCAAGUCCA